AUUCGACCUGGAGUUUGGACCAAACACCACCCAACGUUUGAGAUCCGCCUUCCUAUAAACACACCAGAAGUGACUUUAAGAGUCCAAGACGAAGGCCAGAGCGUCUGGGAGCACGACGUGGAACUGAUUGGUCCAGCAGAGGUCAAUCCACAGAGGGAUGUCUCAGAGGACGGCGUCCUAGCUGAGGACAGUGACCCGCCAGAAGACAAGCUGUUGCUAGUUCGCUCACAGUUUAUAAUCCGAGUGUCUGAUCCAGUUCUGAACCAGCUUCUGGAUAAUCUCCUUGAGCAUCGUGUUAUAACUGAUGAGGAAAUGCAGUCAGUCAGAACACGAGGCAGAGCAGACAAAGCCAGAGACCUGAUGGACUCGGUGAGAAGAAAAGGACGAGCAGCCAGCUCAGUUCUGAUCUCUGCUCUCUGUGAGCUGGAUCCAGUCCUUUCCAGAGAGCUGAGAUUAAUCUGAAGAAAUCAGAAUCACAACGGAGAUUAUUGCCACAGUAGGGCUACGUUUAAAUUACGCUCCAUC